CGCUGCUCGGCGGCGCGGUCUCGCCGGGCCGCGGCUGACGUUGGACAACAAAGAUGGCGGCGGGGAGCAGCAACUACUGGGAAGAUCUCAGGAAGCAGGCGCGGCAGCUGGAGAACGAGCUGGACCUGAAGCUGGUCUCCUUCAGCAAACUCUGCACCAGCUACAGCGGCACCCGAGACGGAAGGCGCGACAGGUAUAGCUCUGACACAACUCCUCUCUUAAAUGGAUCAAGUCAGGACAGAAUGUUUGAGACCAUGGCUGUGGAGAUUGAGCAGCUCCUGGGAAAGCUUACAGGAAUAAAUGACAAAAUGGCAGAGUACACAAACAGCGCAGGAGUCCCCUCCCUGAACGCUGCUCUGAUGCACACGUUACAGCGCCACAGAGACAUACUGCAGGAUUAUACACAUGAAUUCCACAAAACCAAAGCCAACUUCUUGGCAAUACGAGAAAGGGAGAACCUGUUGGGAUCCGUACGGAAAGACAUCGAAUCAUAUAAAAGUGGGUCUGGAGUGAACAACAGAAGAACAGAACUUUUCCUGAAGGAGCACGAACACCUUCGGAACUCAGAUCGACUGAUAGAAGAAACAAUAAGCAUUGCCAUGGCAACUAAAGAAAAUAUGACUUCCCAGAGAGGGAUGUUGAAGUCAAUACAAAGCAAGAUGAAUACCUUGGCUAAUCGGUUUCCAGCGGUGAACAGCCUGAUUCAAAGGAUCAACCUACGGAAACGACGAGAUUCCCUCAUCCUGGGUGCUGUUAUUGGCAUCUGUACCAUCUUACUGCUGCUAUAUGCUUUUCAUUGAUGGAUGUUCCCCCAUGGACUCUGCUAAACUCAUCACCACCAUCCCUCCCUCCCCAGCCAAGGAAAAGUGGGUGGGGGAAGCAAGAGACUUCAGGCAGCCUGCUCCUCAUGGCCGGGGGCAUCAGCAUGAUGUCUAGAGCUUACGAUGGUAGCCUGCGACGCUGGGUUUGGGGUGAAGCUGCAGUGUUUCUCCUUCCCUGCCAUACAUCUUCCUUUGGUUAACUUCUUGCAGGAUUUGUUUGUUUUGAAUCCCUUUCUCACUGCAAGGUAAGUAAACAUUGGGACAUUUAGCAGAACCAGGAGCACGGUUUUCUGUGCUCAGCGGUGCUGGGGAGAUCUGUUUUGGGCUGGUAAGUGGGGAAAAGAUUGUUCUGCUUGCCUUGGGUGGAAACUCUGCAGGAAGCCAGUUUCCCCUGUAGGCCAAGCACAGUGCUGAACACUUCUGCCCUGUGAGAAGAAUAUUGCAGCUUUAAAUCAUCAGGUUGCUUUACUUCUUCAAUAUAUGUUCUGCAAUUCUUUUGAACUCCUGGUUGAGGUAUUAGUUAUUUCCGCAUCAUUUGUGCUGUGAAAGCCGUGCUUCACACCAACUCCUCAAGGUGAAAACAGCAUUGUUCAGUUCACUGUUUGCACAGAGUAUGAAUAAACUACCCUCUGAGGAAGAUCUGUAAGGUUUCUUGUGGCUUUAAAGGGACUCAGAAGUCCCUCUUGGUCAAAAGGGAGCACAGUGUCCUAGCAGCUGUUUACGAUAGCAUUCAGGCAUCUGAAAAGUGACCAAACACGAGCUCACCUGAAAGUGGUCUUUUGGGUGUAAAUACUUCUGAUUCUGGCUGGCAUCACAAAGGUCGUUAUGAAGACAUGCUAAGCAGUUUGAAAAGUCUAUAUUGUAAUUUAGAUAAAGUUAUUCUAAUAGCAUUAAUAUUUUUUACACUGUAAGUAGGAGAUAAUCUAAGCUUGUGGAUUGGACGUGAGAACUGUGACGGUUAUACCUGAGGCAAACGUAUCUGCGUGGACAUAACUGCUCAUGGCAAAGGGGUGAAUGUAGGAGUAGUGCAACAAGGGUUAUUUGCCAUGAUCUGGGGAGGGGGGGCAAGGCAGGAAAGAAGUUUUGUCCAGAUGUGCAAGAUGAAUUUGGCUGUGUUUGUGUCUAAACAGAGCAGAGGUCAGGAAUGGCUUUGGUUUGCAGAUUGUUCUCCUCUUCAGACAGUUUUCCUUCUGUCCUAUCAUAACCCCAUCGGUUCCAGCUGAGGCACUGAAGUAUCUUUUGAGAACUUGAUCAACUCUUUUUCCACAAUCAAUUUACAGUGCCCCUAACAGAUUUCCUGUAUGCCAUCACCCACAAAUGCCACAUGGUCUCCAGGUUCUCCUCUGGAGCAGAAUCUAGUAGGGUGGAUGCAGUUUUUUUGUUCACCGCUUUUUAUAGUGUCUGUGAAGUAGCUGUCAGAGGGAGUAGAGACUUGUGCCUGUGUAGUGUGCAAACCCACACUGUCACACCUAAACUCUGUGUAUGGAUUUUGAAGGCUUAUCUGCAGACUAAUAACUUUGUGCUAAAGGGUCAUCGAAGGCUUCUAAUCAGUCAUCUCCUCGCUGGGGUUAGAAAGUGGUGGGGAUUAAUACCUGUAAAACUGGGGGCUUGUGCUUUGAAUAAAAGGUGAUUCUUGGAUUGAUUUGGGAAUGUUCCUGGUUUGAAAUGAAGAGUUCAUUAAAAGGAUUUAUGGAAAACCUCGAUGGAUAAAGGAAGUUUAUUAAUGAAUCUGUGUGUUGGGAGAUCAGACCUCUUCUCCUCAAUGUUUUUCCUUUGCUUCCAUUCACCACCCCAAGGGACCUUGCUCAGCAGUUGUGCUUCUGUUUAGGAUUUGUAGGGUUUGGUUGCUAUAUAGUCAGCAAUAUGAGAUCUGCAGUACCAUAAAUACACUUCUUUAAUCUCACAAACAGUCUUUUUACUGGACUUAAUUGAUUAUUUGGUGCAUACAUUUAAUCUUACUGUGUGGAAAAGCUGCUAUGGAUGUAGAUUAUAAUAAAUAUGUAAACAUAACUGAUUUUUUUUUUCAUGUUAUGAAAACGUUCCAGGGAACUGAUCUAUUUUAGUAUAAAAAUAACAGAAAUCCCCUGAAUUAUCUCUGACAAAGCUUUACUGGAAAUGGUUUCAAUGCUGGCAACCCCUCCACAGUUUGUCAUUGUCUUGGUUUAGAGACAGAAUUUGGUGUUGUAAAAUGCAUUUAAUUAACCUUGUAGCCUUCCCUUCAUCAUCUCGUCAUCCUCUGGCAGCGUGAGCAGGCUCUGUGUUGCUCUCUGAAGUGCUGCGCUUGUGUGGAGCUGAGGAAAGCCUUGCUAAUCCUCCUGAAGAUUUCUAAUGACAUGGACCUGUAGCUGGAGCAAUGGGCUGUAAAAUGUAAGCCCUGGUCUCUGUAGUGUUCAGUCUCAAAUCCCCAAAGCUGGGUUUGUAUGUCUCCUGUUGCUAAAUGUGCUCUCCACAUUUUGGAUUUGAUGUGGUUUCUCUUGCUCCAAGGGGGGAAAAAAAGAACAUGGUUAAAGAGUUCUCAUGCCUGCAAUUCCUGGCAAAGCUGCAGUUUUGUAACUCAACCAAAUAGAAUGGUGCUAGGAAAAUGAUUGCUAAGCCAUUGACAUGAAAGGGGAAAAUCCAUACUAUUGCUACAGCACAUUCACACACACACACCCCCAACACAGGCACUUUGUGCUGGACACAGCAGCCCCUUCAGCAGGCACUAGAGCAUCAGGGAGCCCGCUGAUAACUUUGGAUGCCAUGCUUCACACAGCUGCAAUAUUUUUACCCUUGCUCUUUAGACUAUUUUUUGACCUCUUUGUCAGAUCUUCAAGU